CAUCUCCCUAAUGAUCUCUGUGAAAUCAGAGAUGUGAAAUACAUGGGGCUAGUUUUGUCAUAUAGAUUUUCGUUUCUUUAUUAAUUUAUAUUAUGGUUUUCAAUUUCAAAAUAACUGACACAAGUAAUAGGUAGUACCCGUUUGCAGUAUUAGAUCUGAUGGUGUAUUUAAACGUUAUAAGUUGAUCUAUGGUGUUUUUGGGAAUUAUUGAAAACCAUAAUUCUAAAGAAUAUUGAAAGAAUGACGGAAAUAAGGGACGACCCACGAGAAGUUCUUAGCCUCCUGAAUUCAUUGGGGUUUGUGGGAAUCACGGCUCCACAGCUCAAAGCUUUUAUGAAAGAUUUAAAGCUCUACAGAAAAAUAAAAGAGCGAGAACGUCAACAAUGGAAGGAGGAGACGAAGAGAAAAAUAUUAAGCAAACAACAAAAAUUGUAUAGAGAAAUACUAGACAAAGAAGCAAGAGAAGCAGGAUAUGCCUUUGGUGAAAGCAUUUUACAACCUUCAAAAUCAUCAGCAUGUCAAGAUACUGCAAAGAUCAAGAUUAAAGUACGUUGUGAACCUGAAGAAAAAGAACUUCAUAAAACUGUAGAGAGGACACAAAAGUGCACGUUAGGUGAAUCACAUGAACCUCAUAUAAAAGAAGAUACUCAUACAAAAGAAGCGGUAGUACCUGACAGUGCUAAUACUUCACCACAGUGGUUAGAAAAAUCAAAGCAGCGUGCUGAACGAUCAAGAAGCCGGUGCAAAUCUCAUCUUAAGAAUCUACCAUCUGAUAAUGUGCAAUGGACCUCAUCAGAUUUAUAUAAGCAGCGGAAUGCAAGACAUGCAAAUGAUGCAAAGGAAUCAGGCAAGGAAGAAAUUCAUAAAAGACCUGCCAGUGCUCCAGAAUUGUCAAAACAGCCAAAGCAUCUUCGAUCAAGAAGUGCCGUAUCUGAUUCAGCUGCUGUGACUCAUUUACCAUCAAUUCGACCACCAUCAAAGAAUUCUUCGCGAACUCAACAUAAAUCAUUUAUAAGGCCUUGGCGACUACAGCCAGAUAGUCAGAAAUCUACGAUUAGGGCUCACUCAGACCCUGUUAGUCUUUAUCAAAAGUAUCAACAUGAGUGGAAGCAAUUGGCACUACCUGGAGAAGAACAUCAUUCAGCUGUCCGAUGGGCAGUUCGUGAGAAAAUGCUUGGCUCAGAUCCAAAUCCCCGACCUGUCCUACGAAAAUCCUCUGGAAGUUUGACAUCAAGAAAAAGAUGAUAGUUUAAUUGAUUUGCUCAUACUAUUAUGGGCAUCAAGAUAUUUUAAUAAAAUAUUUUUUUCAUACUAA